AUGGCUGGAAGGGGAAUGGAGGGUGAUGAUCUCCCAACCCAUUAUACCUCUAGUGAGGGUUCCGGAAACAAUUCAUCAACAACAUACUAUUCAUUGCCACAACAGCAACAGCAGCAGCAACAACAACAGCAACAAAAUUCUAGUACAGCAGCUGAUAAUGAUCGAAGAAGAGCAUUGGCAAUGAAAACAUUGGAAGAAAGGAUGAAUUUGAAUGUCCAAAGGGAAGGGUUCUCUAUUCCAUCUCCUCAAUCUACUACUGCUACUAUUGCUAAUAUUGAUAAAGAUCCCACAAAAUAA